AUGCCUCGCAAAGCAGCCGCAGCACCUGCUGUUAGCCGCAAGACCGCCUCCUCCGCCGCGGAACCGAGCGUCGCGUCCUCCAAGGCGCAGUACGAGCGGGAGCUGCGCGACCUCGCCAGCAAGGCGCAGACGGACGGCUCGCAGCUCGCCCGGCUGACCGCCCAGUUCCGGCAGGUCCGCAGCGCCGUCACCUUUCUCUUCUUUGCGGGCUUCUUCGCGCACGCGUCGCAGCUCGCGCUCGCGCCCGUCUACGGCAGCAUCCCCGCGGCCACGCACCACCCGCGCGUGCUCGCCGCCGCGGCCUUUGCCGGCUGGGCCGGCAACCUGUUCCUCGCGCGCACCCUGGCCCGCGCUGGUGGCGGCCUUUCGGCGGCCCGCCUGCUGCCGGUGGUCGCGCUGUCGGCGCCGCUGGUCCAGGUGCUGCUGGAGCCGCACAGCGCGGCGCUUGGCCCCGGCUGGGGCCCGCUGCUGACGGAGGUGCUAACGGUGGCGCCGGUGGUGUUGUUGGCGGCGGCGUGCGCGGCGGACGCGCUGGAGGGCGUGAGGGUGCCGCUGCUGCCGCGGUUCGUGGCGGACGCGCUGCCGGGGAUGGGCUCGUGGGCGCUGUUCGCGGCGUUUGAGGGCCUGGCGCGCGAGUACGUGCUGCGCUUCGCGGGCCGGACGGAGAACGGCCCGGUGGCGGCGGCGGCGACGUUUGCGCUCACCCGCGUCGGCAUGCAGCUGUCGCUGGGCGGGCUGAUGGCGGCGCUCGCGCCGUCGGCGUGGCUGCUGCUGGCGGCGCCGGCGGUGCUGCACACGGCGGUGCUGAACACGCACGUACCGACGGCGCGCGCGGCCGCGGCGCUCAACGGCACGCUGCAGGCGCACGAAUGGCUGCUGGUGGACCGCAAGGAGUCCAACACGGGGUACGUCUCGGUGCUGGAGAGCCGGCGCGGCGGGUUCCGCGUGCUGCGCUGCGACCACAGCCUUCUGGGCGGCGAGUACACGGAUGCGGCGGGCGUCACCGGUGGCGUCGUGGCGGAGCCCAUCUACGGCGUGUUUGCGAUGCUCGAGGCCGUGCGGCUCAUCGAGACGGAGACGGCUGUGGCGGACAGCGAUGCCAAGGCUCUCGUCAUUGGCCUCGGCAUCGGGACGACGCCGUCAGCCCUGGUGGUGCACGGCGUCGACACGACGGUCGUCGAGAUCGACCCCGUGGUGCACGCGUUUGCAAAGAAGUACUUUCACCUGCGCGAGAACAACGAACCCGUGCUGGCAGAUGCUGGCCGGUACACGAAGAAGCUGGCGGACGACCCGGCGGGCAAGCGCUUCGACUACAUCGUGCACGACGUCUUUACGGGCGGUGCCGAGCCCGUGGAACUCUUCACGCUCGAGUUCCUGCAGCAACUUCGCGCGCUCCUCACACCUCACGGAGCCAUUGCCAUUAACUACGCCGGCGACCUCGCGCUGCCCGGCCCGCGCGCCAUCGUCCGCACCAUUGGCGCCGUGUUCCCCGCCUGCCGCAUCUUCCGCGAGUUCCCUCCCGACACGGAGUCCAUCGCGGCCCACGGCGGCUCCGACUUCACCAAUAUGGUCAUCUUCUGCAAGACGACGCCCGGCGCGCUGACGUUCCGCAAGGCCACCGACGCGGACAGGCUGAACAGCUUCGCGCGCCGCGAGUUCCUGGAGCCGACGCACGAGGUGCAGGCCGCCGAGUACCUGGCUGCGGACGCCGAGCAGCAGGGGCAGACCCUCCUCCUCAGGGCCAACGACACGGACAUUGUGACGCAAUCGCACAAGACGAGCGCGCGCGGCCACUGGUCGAUCAUGAGGACGGUGCUGCCGGGCGUGGUGUGGGAGAAGUGGUAG